GAUGAGGUACUGAAAGAUUUGACUUCAGAUAAAAUAUAUAAACACUUCAAUGAAAACAAUAAUAGAGGCAAUAAUUAUGAUAAUGAUUGUAAAAUAAAUGGUACGAAUAGUAUCAGUUGUACUAAAUUUGAGGAUAUUUGUAAACAGUUUGCUAAUAACUUGGAAGAUAUAUUAUGUAAUAAACACGGGGGUGAUACUAUUAAUUACUGUAUAUUGCUAAAAUACUGGGUGUAUGCGAAAAUAAAACAAAAUUGUAACAACAAUAAGAACAUUGAAGCAUUUUUUCUUACGGAAAAACUAAAAAACAAAGUGCAGUGUUCCAUUAAAAAUGAAUGUGCUGUAAAAUUUGAAUGCUACGAUUAUUAUGAUGACUAUAUGGGUGAUUGGGAAGUAGAGAAAGACCUAUAUGAAUAUUUUAUUAAUUUUGAUGAAAUUAAUACUCGUAUUAAAAAUAAGGAGAAUGGACAUGAAAAGUAUAAAGAGUACGUGGAUCAUAUUUUGGAUCUAUAAAUGCUAGGAGGAUCAACAGAAACAGAAAGUUCUUCAAAAACAGAUAAACAUGGUAUAGAUAUCUCUGAACAAAUAGGUGAAAAUGACAAAUAUAAAUAUUUUGAUACAUAUAAACCAAAUGAAACUGAUGUUGUUAUCCCUAAUGUGAGAGUUGGAUGGCAUAAAAGCAAAAACAAAUCUAAAUCGAGAAUUCAAAACGUUAGGUGUCUUAUAAAUUAUGCACUUAAGAAUAGCGAUUAUGCAUUGGUUUCGUGUUAUAACUCUGAAAAAGGAUACCGGGAUUAUGAACAUAUAUUUAGACCUACAAAGGAAGAGGAAAAUUUUUAUUCUAAAUUAAAAAAAGAUAAAGAAAAAGAAUCCCAUAAUCGUGCAAGUUCUAGUUUAGACUAUACGAAUCAAUUUUCUAUAGGUACAAAUAAGAAUGGAAAAGGUGCCACAAAAUCUAAUAUUACUCCAGUGAUGCCGGCAUGGAUGCAAGGAUACAGCUCCCUAGGGGAAUUCAUAAAGGGAAAAAGGAUGAGUAUACUGAAGAAUUUAAAAAGAACAUCACGGAGGAGGAGAGGGAGAAAGAAAAGAAUACCUUGUACUUAUAUUAAAAUUAAUGAGGAUAAGACAAUAGAGUGUGUAGACAAGGACAAAUUGAAUGAAAUUAUAAUUUUUAAAGAUAUAGAAGGUAAGAAUUUAAGUACUGUAGAAAAUGAUGCCAUACGAACUGCAAUACAUAAAGGUCAGAAUUUAAAUACUGCAGAUAAUGUUGACAGAUCAUCUGCAACAGAUUCUUCUACAGUCGAAUCUAUCGAUAAUUUUGAGACCACAGAGGAUAGUAUAUUUAAAACACCUAUGUUCCGGGGUUCUACCUUAGCAGCAUUAUUAGUAGGAGUAGUUUCCGUUUUUUUUAUUUAUUACAAGGUAUAUAAUAAUUAUAAAAUGUGCGCAUAUAUAAGUUAUUUUCACAGUUAG